UGUGAAGAGAGAAUUGGGUAAGCUCAGAAAGACAGCUGCGUACUGCCAGGAGUGCAUUGUUCUGCAGAGACUCUGCAUAUUAAAGAGAUAAUACUUGCUGCAUACAUAUGUUGCGUGCAUGGGCGUGUGUGUUUACAUGGUAAGGGGGCUGAUAGAGAGAGACAUUGAGAAAGACUGCAAGAUGAAGCGUUCAUGGGCGAAGGGCGAGUUGUUUAAGAUUUCUCACCAUCUCCUUAGGCAACAGAAGUAUAGACAGCUGCAGGGACUGUGAGUGACAGCACAAGCAAGUUCCUGUUUGUGCUGUAUGUAACUAGUAGAAAGAAAUCUCGAGGGUAAGAGGGAGGUGAGUAGAGUUUGUGUGUGUGUGUGUGUGUGUGUGUGUGUGUUUGCAUGGGGAAAAGGGAACAAGAGUGUGUGUAGAUUUACUCUGGAAGGGAACGAUUAAAAGAGAGAGUGAGUGAGGGAAGGACGGAGUUGUGUAUCAAUGAAUGCAGAUGAGGAAGAGCAGAAUUACCUAAUAUAAAGCAGGCUCCUGGACAGCAGCCUGCACUCUCUCCAUUGUGGAACAUGGAGCAUAAAUCUGUGUUCAGCUUGCAGAAAGCUCUGGCUCAGCCUGUGAAGAUGUGCAUGUUUGAUUUCCCUGUCUCCAUCCUGGAUGAUCUGAGCUCAGUUCAGGAGAUUGGAGAGGAGGUAGAGGAGGGAGCCAUCUUCACCAUAACACUCCGAAAGGUGCAGCUCCACCAGACGGCUAGUAAAGGUCAGCGGUGGCUGGGCGUGGAGACCGAUUCCGCCCUCAGUUUGUACGAGACAUGCAAAGGUCGGACCAUUAAGGCUGGCACACUGGACAAACUGGUGGAAUACAUGGUGUCAGCAUUCAAAGGGAAGGACUAUACAUAUGUUACUAUUUUCCUCUGCACCUACCGAGCUUUUGCCACCACCAAAGAAGUUCUGGACCUACUGCUCAACAGGUAUGCCAAAGUGCAUGAUAAGCCAGUCUCUGAAGGACCAAAACUUUCCUCAGAGGACUAUAUAGAGCUGAAAAACACUGUCUCAUCUAUUCUGGGUGCAUGGUUGGAUCAGUAUGCGGAAGAUUUCUGGAGUCCUCCAGACCAUGAAUGCCUACAGAGCCUCAUAUCCUACCUGCGGCUCAACUUUUCUGGAUCAGACCUGGAGAGACGAGCCCAUAACCUGCUGGAGAAUUUCCAGCACAGGCAACAUUCAGAGGUUGAGCUUGAAGGGGAUCUGUGGACCUGCCCCUUUGCUACACCAGAAGAGAGCAGCUUGGAUGAUGAAUUCUCCCCCUCACACUUUAUGUCCUUCAGUCCUGCUCUAGUCGCUGAGCAGCUAACAAUCAUGGAUGCAGAGCUGUUUAAGAGGGUUGUUCCCUACCAUUGUUUGGGUGGUAUAUGGUCUCAACGGGAUAAGAAGGGCAAAGAGCACCUGGCGCCCACCAUCCGAGCCACUGUUGCCCAGUUCAACAGUGUGACCAACUGUGUGAUUGCCACCUGCUUGGACAACAGGUCUCUCAGACCCUUUCAAAGAGCGAAGCGCAUUGAACACUGGAUAGAAGUGGCAAGGAAAUGUCGUGUCCUGAAGAGCUUCUCCUCUCUGAAAGCCAUCCUGUCCGCCCUGCAGAGUAACGCCCUGCAUAGAUUGAGGAGGACCUGGGAUGGAGUGUCCAGGGAAAGCUAUCGCACUUUCCAGGAACUGUCUGAAAUCUUCUCAGAUGACAAUAAUUACUCCCACAGUAGAGAACUUCUCAUUAAGGAGGGCACCUCUAAAUCAGCAAUUGUUGAAGUUAACCACAAAGGGGCCCAGAGAAGACAACAGCAGCAGAGAGACAUGGGUGUCGUGCAAGGAACUAUUCCAUACCUUGGCACAUUCCUCACUGACCUCGUCAUGUUAGAUACUGCUAUGAAAGAUCAUCUCGAUGUUGGGCUGAUCAACUUUGAGAAGAGAAGGAAGGAGUUUGAAGUGAUUGCUCAGAUCAAGUUACUGCAGCUGACCUGCAAUUCCUACAACUUCACCAGAAACCAGCGAUUCACUGAUUUGUUCAAGAGAGUGGAGAAACUUACAGACAUCGAGAGCUACUCUCUGUCCUGUGAGAUCGAGCCUCCAUCUGAGUCAGUAUGCAAGAAGAAUGGCGGCAUAAUCAAACGCAUGAGCGAGGAGUCGGGUUACAGCAGCACAGGGACUUCUCACUCAAAGUCUUUUGAGCAGGCACGGUUAAGCCAGUUCAAAGACAGUUUCAAAGACUUGCCGGAUUCCCUCAGCCUUACCUCAGCUGGAUCCAGCGGCUCAGAUGCGGAGGAGAUGACCCUCAGUCUACUGAACUCCCCAGAAUCAGGAAAUCAAAAGCCAUCCACACCAACUUUGAAGAAUUCUGGAUCAACCUCAGAUGCAGGGGAGCAAACGUCUGAUUCGUCUUCCAAGCUCUGGGAGUCAUCCAGCCCCUCAUCUUUGGAGGCCUGCGGAACAGGCUUGGGACUGGAGUCUGGCUCCAGCAGUUCCACAUCCUCUUCCUCUUCGUCGUCUUUAGUCUCCACCUCCACUGGGCAGGCCUUCCACUUUCAUAAGCGUUCUGUCUCUGGUGUCUCUGACUACUCCUCUCUCUCCCUGCCCCUGUACAACCAGCAGGCGAAUGACUGCUGCAUCAUCAGAGUUAGCCUUGAUGCGGACAACGGCAUCAUGUACAAGAGCAUCCUGGUGACAAGCCAGGAUAAAACACCUGGUGUCAUUAGGAAAGCCAUGGCCAAGCACAACCUGGACAAUGAGAAGUCAGAAGACUAUGAACUAUACCAGAGAGUCUCAAAGCAUAAAGAACUUAGAAUCCCAGAUAAUGGAAACGUUUUCUACGCCAUGAACUCAACGGCCAACUACGACUUCCUGCUGAGAAAGUGUGGUGCUCCCAAAACCUGCCGCUCCAAGAGCUCCCCGAGCCUAACUCUACCACGCAUGAAGCAGAAAGGGUUUAAAAUAUCCAAGGGCUUCUUCUGAAGCUGUUUGCAUUUUGGAGAUUAUCAAGAGUCACUUUAUUAGCCCCUCUGCAGUAUUAUCUGGGUCUUUCAUCUAGUGGAUUAUGGAAUGUUGCAUUCAGAUUGCUGCUUGUUCACUACAGGAACCUAUCCCUGUGUUUUCUGUCCCAAUGGACUAUGUGACAGAGACAAGAUUCUCACAAGGUUGGCCUUAAGACUGCACAUAAGAGCCACACUGUGUGUGAUAAAUAUGUUCCUUACCAAAUGCAGACAUUCAUGCAUGAGCACAGUAAAUGAAAACAUUUGAAGCACUUUAGAAUGGUCCUUUACUUAAAGGGAGAUAUUUGUGGAGAUCAGUUUGGACAGCUGCUGCACUUCCACGUCAGUUUUGGUCCUUUUAAUUUUAAACAAGGACUUUCAUUUGAUUCAUCUUGAAACAGGCUCUCUGUUUGGACUCAAAAUGCCAUCAGUCUCUCAGAUUUUAAGGUUGCUUUUGCUAUAGCAACAGUAUUACAUGGACAGUAAAAAUGUGUAAAGUGUAUAGUCUUUUGUUUGGUUUUUGUUCUUUUUAUUGCUUGUUAUUGCUGAUGCCAAUUUGCUUGUCAAUGCUACCUGUUUUUACUGGUGACAACACUGAUUACAGCCUGAAACUCACUUCUAAUUCUACUCACUCAAUGUUCACUUAAGACUGUAGGAUUCUCUUUUGACUGCUAAGUGACUACUGUUUUCCUUCAUGGUGUCACAAAGUUGCAUUUGAGCAUGAGGAGAUGACAGGUCUGAAGUCCAGGAUUUAUAUAUCAUAAAUAACAUUACUAAUGCUUAUUAAUUGAAUAGCAAAUGCAAUGCAAACACUGUGAUGGAGGCAGUCCUGUCACCCAAGUCUAUGCCAAAGCCUUUAUUAUUUCUUUUUGCAGAUGGUUUUUCUGUGUUUCGUGAUGUGCUUGGCCUCCGUUAACUAUACUGGCUUUCCUUUUUUUUGUACCAAACACUGUGAAUGUGGCUUCACCCUGCUAAGCCUGUUUGCAUUGUGAACUAAACCCACGAGUGCUUUCUGACCAAAUGGCCUCAGUAUGAUGUGCAGAGCAUUUUCAGGUAUGUUUACUGAGACGUAUGUGCAUGCGCUUUAAUUGGAAAUAUAACAGAAAUUGAUUUAUAUCUUAAUAAGCUGAAACAAUUUCACCAUGUGUUGGCACUUUGUCAACUAUGCCAACUAUAUAACUAAACUGGAAAAUAUAUAGAUUUUGUUUCAUUUACGAUUCAAAAAGUUCAAGUGCAUGGGGAAAAUAUAUGCCACAAGUGAUUCCAAUGUUAAAUUACUCCUAAUGAUCACUUUGGCAAACAUGCUGUCAGGAAUCUACAAAAAUGAAGUGAAACAUUACUUACUGCCUGCAGCCUUCAAUGCGUGCCAUAUCCAGACUUUUUUUUUUAUUUUUUACCUUUUGUAUGCCUGAAUCUAACUCUGAAUGUAAAUGUCCAAGUUUGAAUGAUACGGUCCAGUUUGUGGGAUUGCCCCAUGCUUAUUUAUUUAUAUGUUAGUAAUUGUUUUAUUUAUAAUUGUUUUACUGUUGUAAAAAUUAAUUAAAAUGUACAUUUGUAUUAAAAAAGCACUACAUUUUUUAAGAACUUACAAAUAAAUGUGGGUAUGCACAGAACUUGAUGUUUCUGUGUUUUCACCAAUACAAGCCACAGUGCAUGUAUAUUCACAUCGCAGAGACCUGUAACUAUUCAGAAUUAAAGG